AUGACGACAUUCGCAGACCUCCCCGCCGAGCUCAUCCAACACAUCACCUCCUUCCUCGAGCCCCGCAUCCCCCGCAAUCACAGCUUCCACGAUAACCUCGUGCGCAUCCGCCGCGCACGCCUCAGCACGCUUGCGCGCACAUGCAGGACCUUUGCCACCUGCGUGAGGCCGCUGCUCUAUGCAAGCAUCGGCCCUGAUAUCAACCCGCGGCUGCUUCUGCGCACGCUCAUUGCACACCCCGACUACGGCGAACACGUGCACGAGAUCGACGCUCGCCGAUGGUGGAUGACGGGUGCGGCCGCAAGCCGCCUCUCGCCCGAUGAGCACCGCGCCAUUGAUGAGGCCGCCGAGCGUUUCGGCAUGGUAGACAGAGACGGCUUCCCGCACGAAUUACGCUCUGCCGCGGGCAGCCAGGCAUACUACAUUACGGAUGCGCUUCAGUUUCUCGUCGUUCUGCACUGUCCCUAUGUCCGGGAGGUGUCGCUCGUCAUGAGCCUCAUAAGCCCGGGCAUUACACGCCCAAUAGCCCUUGACCAUUUGCGAGUGCUUAAGCUGGCGUAUGGACAGCCCAAGCAUGGCGCCUUUAUUGGCCAGAGCUAUGCGUGGCUGUUCCAUGCCGCCCCGAACCUGCGCGAGCUCAAAGGACACUACAUCCGGUCGUUUUCGUCGGAAAUCGUCCACAGCAAUAUUUCAGAAGUCUCGUUCAAAGAUAGCGACUUACUUGAAGAGGACUUUACAGCGCUCUUUAGCAAUUUCCCCGCGCUACAGACUUUCCGCUACCAUUCUGGUGGGAGAGACAUGUCGCGCGCACCGGUUGCACUAGGGUCGCUGUCCUCGGCCCUCCGAAUCAACCCGCACUUGAAAACAAUGGGCGUCGAUAGCCAGCGGUACGCCGACGAGGUCCCCGCGUACCUGCAAGACAGCACCUACCUCUCAAGCCUCAGCGACAUGAACGAACUAGAGACGAUUGACAUUAGCAUUGAAGAAGUGUCCAACUUGGAGAGGGAUGAUUUGUUCUACUCGACGUUUUUCCCCCGCAGCGUGCGAUACUUGAUUCUGCGCGGGGCCAGGAUGGACCGGUGGAACAAGGCGUGUCUGGAGGCUGCCGUCAAGGGGCCACUGGCUAAUCUACAGAGCGUGACGCUGGUGGAUGUGGCAUUCAACGCUGAGCGUAAAGAAGAGUGGAAGGGUCGGUUUGCAGCGUUGGGUGUGACGCUGCGGUAUGUGGAAGAGAUGGGGCGCCGCUACGAGCCGUGGUGGUAA